AUGUAUGCCGAUGUCGAUGCGAUUGAUAUUGAUGAUGAUGAUGACGACGAUACUGGUAUAUUCAGCAUUGCCAAUGGCUGCCAAAGUGAGGCCGAUGACGCUUUCACUGGUAAAGACAGCGUUUUUGCAGCAGUGCACACGAAGCGCACUGCUGUUGACAAAGAUGAAUCAGCACAGGAAUUUCUGCUUACUCGCGAAUAG